AUGCUUCAGUGUAUAUUUCUCCUCUCCGAUUCUGGAGAGGUAAUGCUUGAGAAGCAGCUUACAGGUCACCGCGUAGACCGAUCUAUAUGUGCUUGGUUCUGGGAUCAAUCCAUUUCUCAAGGCGAUUCCUUUAAGUCACUUCCAGUGAUUGCUUCACCAACGCAUUACCUUUUUCAAAUCGUUCGUGAUGGUAUCACCUUCUUAGCUUGCAGUCAAGUUGAAAUGCCACCACUGAUGGCAAUAGAGUUCCUUUGCAGAGUCGCUGAUGUUAUGUCUGAUUACCUUGGUGGGCUAAACGAAGAUCUCGUCAAAGAUAACUUCAUCAUUGUCUAUGAGCUUCUGGAUGAGAUGAUCGAUAAUGGCUUCCCUCUCACAACAGAACCGAGCAUCCUGAGAGAAAUGAUAGCUCCACCGAAUCUAGUCAGCAAAAUGUUGAGCGUUGUAACAGGAAACGCUUCCAACGUCAGUGACACUCUCCCGAGCGGGACGGGCUCUUGUGUUCCAUGGAGACCAACAGAUCCAAAGUACUCUAGCAACGAAGUCUACGUCGACCUCGUUGAAGAAAUGGAUGCAAUCGUAAACAGGGAUGGAGAGUUGGUGAAAUGCGAGAUUUAUGGUGAAGUACAAAUGAGUUCUCAGCUCUCUGGUUUCCCAGAUUUGACACUGUCGUUUGCGAAUCCGUCGGUGUUAGAAGACGUGAGGUUUCAUCCGUGCGUUCGCUUCAGGCCUUGGGAAUCUCAUCAAGUUCUCUCCUUUGUUCCUCCAGAUGGACAGUUCAAGCUCAUGAGUUACAGGGUGAAGAAGCUGAAGAACACACCUUUAUAUGUAAAGCCUCAAGUAACGUCAGAUUCUGGUACAUGUCGAGUUAGUGUGUUGGUUGGGGUCAGAAGCGAACCUGGGAAGACGAUUGAGUCGAUAACUUUGAGUUUUCAGCUUCCUCAUUGUGUUUCAUCUGCAGAUUUAUCAUCAAAUCAUGGAACUGUAACCAUCCUCUCUAACAAGACAUGUACAUGGACGAUUGGGCGAAUCCCGAAGGACAAGACUCCGUGUUUGUCUGGGACAUUAGUGCUUGAGACGGGUUUGGAGCGGCUUUAUGUGUUUCCGACGUUGAAGCUCGGGUUUAAGAUAAUGGGGAUUGCUCUGUCUGGCUUGAGAAUUGAGAAACUUGAUCUUCAAACUAUUCCUCCGCGUUUGUAUAAAGGGUUUCGUGCUCAGACACGAGCUGGAGAGUUCGACGUCAGAUUGUAG